CUUCAGCUUUAGUACAUUUCCCCAGAACACACUCCACAGAACAAUACUUAAAUUUAUAUUACUUACUACUCUGUAUUAAUUUAUUAGUCUUUGUGAAAUACAUAUGAUGUUUUUCACAUAAAGGUGCUUGAAAAGUGUACCACACAGGCUCACCCCUCCUCACUUAUUGUCCAGAAAUCUCCAUUGUUCAAAACUGCUUCACUCUUCUGGGUUCUCUCUCUCUUUUCUCCCUUGCCUCACACUGGAGUACCCUCUGCUAUUUUCUUCGAAUUUCGUCACAGAAAUUUCUCUUCUACCCUCUCAACAUCCAUCAUAAUCAUCAUCAAUUAUGGUUCUUGUGAUGUAUUUUGUGCUUUUUCUUGCCUUCACUGGCCAUUCAAGUGCUCUUUACUGUGUAUGUAAAGAUGGUGUGGGUGAUCAAGCUCUUCAGAAAGCUAUAGAUUAUGCAUGUGGUGCAGGAGCUGAUUGUACCCGUAUUCUUCAAAAUGGGGCAUGUUUCCAACCUAACACUGUGAAGGAUCAUUGCAACUAUGCUGUUAAUAGCUAUUUCCAGAGAAAGGGUCAGGCUCAGGGAAGCUGUGAUUUUUCUGGUGCUGCCACCCCAAGCCAAAACCCACCUACUUCAGCAUCCACAUGUGUUUACCCCUCAAGCCCUGGCAAUGCAGGAACAGGCAUCACAGGAACCACAACAACCACUACACCAACAACAGGCACACCAUCCACCUUAACCCCAACUACUCCCACCGGUACAGGUACAGGUACAGGCACUGGCACUGGCACUGGCAGCACCAUCACAGGUAACCCUAAUGUGUUUGGAAUCAGUCCAACAUCUUCAACUGGAACAGGCAUCAAUGAUUCAAGCAAAGGAGUGGUUCACUUGAAGGACACAUGCAUGUUGCUGGUGUCCUGUAUUCUCACCUUUUUGCUAGUGUUAAGGGUCUAAAUGAUGCAGUUCUGGGAAAAUCUUGGGGGGGGAGGGGGUGUUUGUGAAAUUGUGACUUGCGUGGAUGAGAUUUUGCAAAUGCAGAAGGGUGUUCAUGUAAGUUCACUUGGAAUCAUCCAGAAGCAGACCCCACACUUUAACCUCCUGUUUCUUGUUUAUUUGUUGUGUUCCUAAGAAAAAAAAAGGUUAGGGAAUUUGGUUCCUUUUCAGUGGUGAAUAUUUGAUAUGUGACUACAAAUGAGGUGGAACCUCAUCGGUUUCCUUUUGUAUAUUAUUAUAUCUAAUAUCUAUCAUCACUAUGAGAGCCACUAUUUUUUUCAUUUA